AUGGCGCCACCAGCUGGGGGGGUCUUCUCCGCGAAUCCCCUCUCUCUGAGCGUGCCGGAGCCGGCGUUUGAGUCGUGGCUGCGGGAAACGGGCUACCUGGAGAUACUCGAUGAACGGGCGUCGUCUUCCUCCUCCGCCGCCUCAUCAGGCGCUGCGAAGGCCCCGCGCCGCCGCAGGGGCUUCUCCAAUUUGGGUGCCUCUGUUCCUGGUACUGGGGCGUCUUCCUCGUCGUCCUCCUCAUCUGACCCCGCAUCCGCCUUCCUCGUUUGGGGCGGCGGCAGAGGGAGCGGCGGCCUCAAGGGCGUGGUGAACCUCAUCCGCGGCGGUGCGCUCCUGUCAGUCGUCCGCACCUUCAUAUCCAUUCUCACCAUCAAUCCGUUCGCAAGGCUCGACGCAGAGGAUUUCUCCGGCAGCACCCCGCCUUGGGCCGUGGGGUUCUUGACCGCCGGGGGGCAGUCAUCGUCAUACUCGUGGCCCGCCGGACCUUCCCUUGCAAGGAUGAGGGUUCAGGAGAACGUCAAACGCUACGCCCGCAACUACGCCUCUCUCUGGCUUCUUGUCCUCGCUUGUACGCUGUGAGGCCCUCCCUACUUCCCUCCCUUCCACACUUUCAGGCUUUUUCUUCUCCCCAGUGGUUGCGAUAUUGAUCAAACUGCCGUGGUAUCGAUCGACCCCCUUCUAAUUGUGACCUGUUUUUUUUACAGGUAUAAGAUGCCCUUGGCUCUGUUCGGUCUGGUGUCGAGCUUGGCUAUCUGGGAGCUUCUCAGGUUUGCAAGUGAUUCUUGGGUUCUUGAACAGAGGUACCCAGGGGUCAGGUUUGCUUUAGUUCGCGUCGCCCAGUUGGGUGAGUAGGGCGCUUUGACUUCGUUUUUCAGUUCAGUGUGUGAAAUACUGUUCAUGUAGAAUGAUAAAGGCUGUUGUUCAGCGUAGAUACUUAUAAUAUAGAUUUGAUAGAAUAUUGAUCUUUUUGAACCUGAAUCUCUAUGUUACGGAUUCAUCUUAAUAAUUGGUAAUGUUUCUCAGCAUCAGUUGACCAUGAGGACGGUCAUGAACUACGAUUUAAUUUUAGUGGGUAGGAUGAUUUACCGAGGUUGAUUCAUCAAAAUCAGCCAGAAGGGAUCUUUGAUUGAUCAUGAGAAGACUAAGCAGCUGAACCACGCACACAUAUGUAUCGAUUUAAGUCUAAAGAGCUUCAAAGUAUUUCUUUGUUACCCUCUUGUUCACUCCAUUGUUUUGCCGUUUCCUAACUCAGAAAUAUGUGGAUGUUUCUUCGAGCUAAUUAUGCUCUAUUUUAGAUUCCUAAUCCACGGUCUAUCCGCUGAUGUCCCAGGACUUAUAAAACUCAUGGUAGCUUAAUCUGUGUACUCUGAUACUCAAUCUACUGAAUUUCCUUUAUAAAAAGGCUGUGGCUUCUUGACCCAGAAUGUAGUAUCCUUAUCCUAAAAUCUUGAAGAUUAGUCAGCCAUGUUUGUACCAGAUUAGGAUUCAUGGUUUGCGGAAUUUGCCAAUCAGAUGCUGGAAUAUGUGCUGUCAGACCUGGCUACGACAAAAUCUAAAUCCAGUUCUGGUAAUGGGGCUUGAAGAGCUUACUGGUUGGAAAAUUCUAAGAGCUGAUGGUCGAUUGCAGAGGCUGUGUAAUCUUAUAAUUUGGUGCGUUACGACAGCAGCAAUUAGCAAAACAUUAUUUUGAAGUAGUCCAUUUCUCUGUAUUAUCAAGGAAUUAGUCGCACACGGAAACAUUAAGCCCUUGUGAUCCACAAAAAGUGAGGAAAAUAUGCUUUUCUAGCCAAUUUCGAAAUAUUUUUCUAAGUUUUAUGCAUAAUUUUCUGCUGUCUAAUAGAUGUGCUGAAGUAUUGUUUUAUGCACACGUUUCGUUCCAUUUUUUGACAUUCGCAUGAAGAAACCCCAAUGUUAAUAUUGCGGGGUUCUGAACAAUGAAUCCGAGUCAUUUUCUGCCACAUUUUUCGUUAUUUUCUGUUCAAAGGAACUCAGCUUUGCUAUGCUACUGUGGCCCCAACUGGCCCAUGCCCUUGAAAAUUGGAAGACGAAUCAAAAGCCCCUAUCUUUCUUCUGUGCCGUGAGAACAAACCAAACGUCCCUUCCGUGUCUCCUUUGAAUGAUUUGGAUUAAUCGAAGUUUUCUUUUCUUCAACCCCCAGAAAACUCUCCACCAAAUUGCUCUGAUUCUCCCUCUUCUUGAAUCCUCAACCGCCUCCCCCACCCCCUUCCUUUCCACUUGAAGUCAUUCUCCUCUUCCAUCCCCUCUCUUCUUCUCACAUUUUAUAGUUAAUCCUAAAUCUCAUCUCCAUUUUCCUCUUUCUCUCUCUCUCUCUCUCUCUCUCUCUCUCUCGCUGCUUACCAGCUUAUAUAUACAUGUGUAUAUAUAUAUUGAUAUAUAUGUAUAGUGUUCUAGUUUCUCCUUUUGUAUGAUGGCUGAUUGAAUGAUCAUUUCCAGACCUUGUCUCUCUGCUCAUGAUCUAUGUCUGUUUCUGGAUCUUGUCUCAGCAACCGCCACUGUCCUCUACUACUGCCAUCUUCAGGUGGCCGUCCUUUGCGCCCUCAGCAUCAGCUACACUGGUGAGUUUGACAUGUGGCAUUUCUUCUAUGUUCGAUCACUCUGAGUUUAUUCCUUCACAGCGUGGCCAUUUUCUCGCAGUCAUGGUCCUUCAUGCAUCUCUGAGGAAGUUGAGCUCAACGUCAAAGCCAUUGUCUGGGGCCAGCAGACACAAGAGGUCUCACCAGAAUACCUGA